UGCACCAUAAUUUUAUAAAUGUCUCUAAAUGAACGUCCUAAAUAAGAAGUGUCACCAUAAAAAUGGCAAUCAGGGUGGAAAAGCUGGACCGUAGGUGGCUUGCACCACUCUGGCAGUCGUCAUCGUUCAGCUCGUAGUACUCGUUGGAAUUCUCGUCUAGGAAAAUGUUGCCCUCCCUGUACUCGAACUCGGCAGCACUGAUAGGAACGUCCUUUCCGUCCUCGAUGUCCUGGAGAACCUGCUGGAUGAGCUUGGAUCUUCUGCGCGCCUGUCUCUUGUACUCUAUGCUGAGAGUUGAGUUCUCCACAGACUGCUGCUGGAACGUGAGCUCGUCGUUGCACUCCUCCUCGUUCUCCACACAGUACUGGUCGAGUUUCUCUAGUUGCUUGAAAGUUUCGACGUCUUUGCCGCCUUUGAAAGCGUUUCUAAACAUCUCUGCCGCAGUGUUGUGCUUGAGAUAUUCUUCAGUGGCGUCCAAAAACUUGUUCAGACGGCCCAGGUUGCCGCCUUCCUUAUUGGAAGCCAUAUCGGCGCUCAGCAUCUUCAUGGCCUCCAUGAAGUGGCCGUUCGAGCAUGUAGCAAGGAACCCAGCGAAUUUCUCCUUUCCCAUCGCCAAAUAGAGGUCUAUCAUAUUUUUCACCUGGUCAACGUCCACCUCGUACACCAGCUGUCUCCCUUCUUUGUCGUAGCUCUGGUCCUCCUCGGCAACGGGCCCUUUGACAGGAACAUCCACAGAAAACCCUGCGCUGGAGGCCUCAAGAUCGCCGUCUUCUUCCUCCUCUUCUUGGUACUCUUCGGCAACGUACUCCUCGUCGUCCUCGUAGUAAUUCUCGGCUUCGAAAUCGGCCUCUUCGUAGUCUCUUUUCUCAUAGUAUGGAGCCGGCGCAAGAACCUGCUGAGUAUCGGAAAGAUGGGCUUGCAGAGCAUCGGCUUCGGCCCGAUGCUGAACCGACGCAGCGUCCACAGCGGCCAUCUGAAGCAAGUGUGCUCCCAAAACGUAGAAGGUCCAGAACUUGCUGGAACGAAGCGAACUGACUCUAACCAUGGUUGGAUCUAGUGAUAUUAUAUGCAAGCAUAUCCAGCGGGACGUUCGGACUAUUUAUCCUGUUCUUAACCGCCGGUAAGCUUUGUGCUACCAUCCAGCCGCCAGAAUCUGUAUUCGGGCUGUGCACAUGCUAAUUUUCAAUGACAGGUUUAAUAUACAACCUGGCGGUGUUUAUUUUCCAAAGAAUCGUCUAGUCAUGGCUAGCUCCAACGAUUUGCGGCAGCUCAUACGGAAUUCGUACGAGUGCAUGCGGAAAAUUUUGGAGCUUGACACGCAGUCGACGCUGACCAACUUCAAUGUGAUGGAAACGCUCAACAACUCGACGAUCCUCCGGUAUAGAGAGCUGGAGCCUUAUCUGGACAGUCUCGAGUCCGAGACGUCGAAAAUCCGGGCGCUGGAUCAGGAACUGGCCAAAAACAAACCGAAAUUACAACAGUUAGAAGAGCGGACCAAAAAGCUCGCGCUGCUGGUGGAGCAGAUGGACGAAUGGUCUGCUGAGUUGGAGGUUAAAAGCCGACGUUACACGCGAAAGUGAGAUUAUCCAGGAAAUUGGUCAUGAUGUUUCCAUGUGAAAAACCACAUGCGAUUUUUCGCCUAUGGGCGGGGUGCCUUUAUACCAGGAUAUAUUAUCUCAUGCCCAAGAAUUUCCUAAUUUAUGCUAUGAUAAGUUUUCAUAUGCUUCUCCACAGGCUAUCGGCAAAUCGACGCGUCGCUCAACAAAAAAAAGAAAACUUUUUCCGUGCUGUAAAUAUAUUAGCAUCUGAUUACCAGCUACCCCAGUUUUUGUACAAGAGCUGUCAGCCGUUGAAAGGGACUAUUGAAUCUUCGGGUUCUUGCAAUCCAAGCUAGUUAUUUAUGUCAGACAAUGGGCAGAACUUGCGGAUCAGACCGCUCAAAAUUGGCGAGCUGAUAGACAAGGGAGACGAUUCAGAGGACCCAAAUGCUGCAGAGCUUCUGAUGGCAGCACAGGCUCUGGGCGAGCUGAAGAACCGGCCAGAGUUAUCUAAGCCAACGAUCCUCGACAAAGUCACCUCCCAUCCUCUUAUAUCCAGCUCUAUCAAUUACAUGUUGGAGAAAACGAUCAACACUUCAAGCAAUAUUGUUCUCCUCAGCGGCGAGAAAUCCAAACGUGCUCGCAAUGGCCAACAGACAGAGUCUGUCGGACCCGAUAGGGACGACGCAUAUGAGCAGAUCCCGCUCAAGCGGCCGAAACUGGAAAAGACAAGCUCUGGAUCUCAGCUCAACAACCGUCUUCCGCCUCCAUCACAGCCUCGAUUCGCCCGCCUCAACUCAUCUCUACGUCAGCAGGUUACCAUAUCGUCAGCCAUCUCCACCCAAAAAAGUCUUCAGGAUCUCACUGAGCUCAGUGUUCUGAAUCUCAAUAUCGAAAGUCGCCGCAGACUCACCAUGCUCAUUAAUUUUUUGAAGAUCGGAAACACGCAACUUAGCGAGCGCAUUGAGAACCUCAUCAACGUCCUGGCAAAUGAACAGAAUGUGAGCAAAUCUCGCUCAUCGAGUCCUGAUAAUAUACACGGUGGUGCUUCGACGCUUUCACUGCCUUCACUGGCCUCCGUGAGUAGUGCUGCGUCUCUGGCUAGUCUUCCAAAUCCCGACGAAACCCCAAAGCUGAGUCCAGAGGCAGAAAUACCUGUCCAGCAGCUCAAAAACGAGAUAGUGGGCACUGUGAAGAAAAUAGUGAAUGUGGUUUCGAAAGUGUCUGCAAACUCGCUUCCAGAGCCUGCCCGCUCGAACGUCCGUGAAAUGCUGUUAAAACUACCAACCAACUGGGCCAUGUCAUUGGAGCAAAACCUGUCGGAGUCGGAAGAUGAGGACUCAGACGACGAAACAAAGACGAUAUACGAAGAUUCCCUGGAAUACCCGGACCAGAAUACUGAAUCGCAAAAACGCAAGUCCCGGUCGCUGGCACAGCAACUGCUGGCCAACCUGUUCAAGUACAGAAAUAAAACGCCGAAGAACACAGGCCAGCCGAACAACUGGUUCAAGAAAUCUAUCCGCCACCAGAUUCUGAGCGAUCGAAAUGGCAAGGUGCUAAUUCUGGCUCAGGAGUCGCUCGACAUGAUCAACAAAAUCAUCAAGUUCUGCAACGAAAACCUCGAUAAGGCGGAAACGUGGAAUAUCUCGAAGCAGACCCAGCAGGCCGCCCAUUUAAUGAACAAACUACAAAACAUCACGUAUGUGACGCCCGUGUCGAGCUCCGACGCCGACUCGAACUCCUCGAAAGCGCAAAGGGACUUGCAGGACAACGACGCUAUAAGCAACGACUCGUUUGAGAAAGAUCUGUUGCGGUUCAAGCUUGCCGUUCUGAACUCGCCAGGGUUUACUGCUAAGGAUUUAUUGGCUGGCGUGCCGGAUGGCGACGCCAGCGUGUUUUCUAACAGGGGCAACAAGCUACUGUAUAACUCCGACGGGGUCGACUACACGAAUCUGAACUCCUACAGGGACGAUCUCAAACUGGUUAAAAUAGAGGAAAUUGACCCUGAAACUGGUGAGAAACGGCCACGAUAUGUUAUACGACGCAAAGACCAGACCGUGGAGGAGAUAAUACAGCGUGAACUGGACGCUGAGUUUGGCAUAGUGGACGAAGACGAUGGGUACAAGCAGGACUACGACUCUGUACAAGGACUAUUUGAUUCCGUGGACGUUGCUGAAAUAUUAGCGCCGAUAACACAUCCCACGAACAUCGUUGAGCGCAAGACAUUAGAGAGGAUAUAUAAGAGCACGCAUUUGGAAGAACUCGCCGAGCAGACGAUAGAGCUCAUAGAGAAGGAGCAAGACAACGUGAUCCAGCUCAGCAAGCUGAUGAGCGUGUUUCUGGGAGAUUGUCCAGAAGACUUAUUGGCAGACAAUUUGAAGCUCCCAGACUACGACCACAACCUCGACCUGGAGAAACAGAUAGCCGGAAGCGAAGAGAACGGGUUGAACAAGGACAUGGAUGCCACGCAAGAAGAGGACGAUGACGAAUGCCAGAACGGAAACGGCGAGGCGCAAGAUUCCAGAAAGAUCAAUGAGCGUAUCAAGGAUCCGUUCUUCAAGCUUCCAGAAUACAAGCGAGACCCAAACUUCGGGAUCCGCAAGACGGAAGACGCAGAGGAGUCUCGGCAAUUGAUUCAGAUAGCGCUCCAGCGGAACGAGGAGUUUAUCAGAUCGCUAACCACCAUUCGCAACGGCUUUAUCAGAGCAGACCGCGUGAAAAAUAAUAUAUAUAAGUGGAGCAAGGAAAUGGCCGAGGAAAAUUACGACAAGAGCGAAGAAAGUGAAUAGU